AUGGGGCUAAGAGUUGCCAGCCUUUUUAUGCUCUGGCUGGUGCUUUCCUGUGCGAGCGAAAUAAAACAAGGUAGGACAAGAAGCCAUGGCCACUAUGUCUGCAGCACUUGGGGGAACAACCAUUUCAAAACUUUCGAUGGAGACAUCUAUCAGUUUCCUGGUGUUUGUGAAUACAAUUUUGCUUCUGACUGCCGAGACUCUUACAGGGAGUUCUCUGUCCAAAUUCAGCGUGCUCUGAACAGCAAUAAUCAUCCUGUGAUCCAGUACAUUCUAAUAACAGUCAAGGACUUUACAGUGUACCUCACACCAAAACUGGCUGUGGUAGAUGGGCAGAUUGUCAAGACACCUUACUACAGCUCUGGUGUGCUCAUUGAAAACAAUGACAUUUACACCAAGGUUUAUGCCAAAUUAGGCCUGAUUCUGAUAUGGAAUCAGGAGGAUGCACUGAUGGUGGAGCUGGACAGCAAAUUCAAUAACUAUACGUGUGGUCUUUGUGGCGAUUACAAUGGCAUUCCAAUCUACAAUGAGUUUAUCAGUGGAGUCGCAAGCUACAAUUCGAUUACAUAUGGGAAUUUACAGAAGAUCAGCAAACCUAAUUCCAGAUGUGAGGAUCCUGAUGAAACUCAGGCUCUUCCAAGCUGUAACGAGCAUCGUGAUGAGUGUGAGAGGUUGCUAACUUCCUCUGCGUUUGCUGAUUGUCAUUCACGCCUGAAUGUGGAAAUGUAUGUCCAAGCCUGCAUGCAGGACAAGUGUGCCUGUAACGGAAUUGAGGACUCCUUCUGCCUCUGCAGCACCAUCUCUGAGUAUUCUCGCCAGUGUUCACAUGCAGGUGGUCGUCCGGGUGAAUGGAGGACACAGCGCUUUUGCCCCAAGACCUGUCCUGGUAACAUGAUCUAUAGAGAAAGCAGCUCACCCUGCAUGGAUACUUGUUCACACUUGGAGAUCAGCAGCCUUUGCGAAGAGCACUACAUGGAUGGUUGUUUCUGCCCUGAAGGAACUGUGUAUGAUGAUAUCACUGAGAAAGGCUGUAUACCUGUUAGCCAGUGCUACUGCAAGCUCCAUGGAAAGGGAUAUUCACCUGGACAAAGCAUCACCAGUGAAUGUGAAGAAUGCACCUGUGAUUCAGGUAGAUGGACAUGCAGGGAUUUACCCUGUCCAGGCAUAUGUUCAGUGGAAGGAGGUUCUCAUAUUACCACCUUUGAUGGGAAGAAAUACACCUUCCAUGGAGACUGUUACUAUAUGUUGGCCAAGGGUACUGCUAAUGAUUCUUAUGCCCUCCUGGCAGAGCUGUCUCCCUGUGGCUUCAUAGACAGGCAGACCUGCUUGAAGACUGUGGUGUUGCUAGUAGACCAUAAAAAAAAUGUCGUGGUUUUCAGAUCGGAUGGCAGUGUGCUACUGAAUGAGAUGACAGUGAACGUGCCUCAUGUGUCAGCCAGCUUCUCAAUUUUCAAGCCAUCUUCCUACUACCUCAUUGUACAGACUUCUUUUGGGCUUCGGCUACAGAUCCAGUUGCUUCCAGUCAUGCAACUGUUUGCGACUGUGAGUCCAUCAGCCAAAGAAAACGUGGAAGGUCUUUGUGGGAAUUUUAAUGGAAUAGAAGGUGAUGACUUUAAAACAGCCAGUGGGCUGGUAGAAGCUACAGGAUCUGCCUUUGCUAACACGUGGAAAGCUCAGUCCACCUGCACAGACAAGCUGGAACGGCUGGAAGACCCCUGCAGUCUCAGCAUUGAAAGCGCAAGUUAUGCUGAGCAUUGGUGUUCUUUGCUGAAAAACCCAGAAGGUCCUUUUGCCAGAUGUCACUUAGUCGUUGAUCCUUCAGAAUAUUAUAAGAAAUGUAAAUAUGACACCUGCCUCUGCAAGGACAGUGAAGAAUGCUUAUGUGCUGCCCUAUCCUCUUACUCAAGGGCCUGUGCUUUCAAAGGGAUCAUACUGGGAGGCUGGAGACAAACUGUCUGCACUAAGGAAGUGUCUGCCUGCCCAGAAAACCAAAUCUUUCUUUACAAUCUUACAAUGUGCCAGCAAACCUGUCGUUCAGUUGCUGAUGGUGAAAAGCACUGCUUGCAAGACUUUGUUCCUGUGGAUGGCUGUGGUUGCCCUGAUAAUACCUAUUUAGACAAUCAGAAGACGUGUGUGCCCAUCUCCAAAUGCCCAUGUUACUACAAGGGGUCGUACCUGGAACCAGGGGAUUAUGUCACAAAAGAUGAAGAGCGUUGUGUUUGUCGAAAUGCAAAGCUCCAGUGCACUUCAGUAACUGUAAAAACGGCAGGGACAACAGAAUGUCCUCCUCACAAGACAUAUUUUGACUGCAACACAUUCCAGAACUGGACUUCACAAACACCAGUACAACUUAGCUGUCAUACUCCUCGAACUGAUCAUUUCCAGGCAGAGUGUGUCUCAGGCUGUGUGUGUCCUCAAGGUCUGUUUGAUGAUGGGAGAGAGGGCUGUGUUGAGGAGAAGGAUUGCCCAUGUGUUCAUAACAAUCAGUGGUAUUCUCAUGGAGAUGAAAUAACAGUGGACUGCAAAACCUGUAUCUGCCAAAGAGGAGGUUGGAGCUGUACCAAAGGUGGUGUGUGCUAUGGGACUUGUACCAUAUAUGGAAGUGGCCAUUAUAUCACCUUUGAUGGAAAAUUCUAUGACUUUGAUGGGAGUUGUGAAUAUGUGGCUACUCAGGAUUUUUGUGGUGACAAGAAUUCUAGCAGCUCAUUCAGUAUCAUCACAGAGAAUGUCCCAUGUGGAACUACAGGAGUAACCUGCUCAAAGGCUAUUAAAAUGUUUCUAGGGAACACUGAACUGAAGUUGGAGAACAAGGAUUAUAAAGAAAUUCAGCGAGAUGUUGGUGAUGAGGUGCAUUACAGAAAAAGGACAGUCGGCCUCUACCUCGUUAUUGAGGCUAGCAAUGGCGUGAUGCUUAUCUGGGAUAAGAAGACUACUAUUUUCAUCAAGCUGACCCCUGAUUACAAAGGCAAAGUGUGUGGUCUCUGUGGCAACUUUGAUGGCAAGUCCAACAAUGACUUUACAACAAGGAGUGGAUUGCAGGAGACUAGUGCUCUGGAGUUUGGGAAUUCCUGGAAACAGUCUUAUACCUGCCCAGAUGUCACAGAAGAGAUCCUGCCCUGCAGUGUGAAACCACAUCGCAAGUCCUGGGCAGAGAAGGAAUGCUACCUCAUCCGGAGCGCAGUCUUUGAAAUCUGUCAUUCCAAGGUGGACCCAACUCCAUUCUAUGACGCUUGUGUUCAUGAUGCCUGCUCUUGUGACAGUGGUGGAGAUUGUGAAUGCUUCUGUUCAGCAGUUGCUGCGUAUGCUCAAGAAUGUAUCAAGGCUAAGGCCUGUGUGUUCUGGAGAACUCCUGAUAUAUGCCCAAUAUUUUGUGACUACUACAACCCUCGUAAUGAGUGUGAGUGGCACUAUGAGCCUUGUGGCAGUGACAUCCUGACCUGCAAGAUGAUCAAUAAUGUCAGCACCAACUUCUCAGUGCCGUACCUGGAAGGUUGCUACCCCAGAUGCCCUCCAGAGAAGCCCAUUUAUAAUGAAGAGACAAAGAAAUGUGAGACCAGAGAUGAUUGUGGGUGUUACUUCAAUGGAACUUAUUAUGAACCUGGGAAAGAAAUACCUACACAAGAGAACUGUACAAGAUGUGUCUGUGUCUCCUCAGGAAUCACAAACUGUACAACAGUCCAAGGCUGUCCUUGUGUGAUCAAUGGAACAAGAUAUGAAGUGGGACAAUUUGUGGGGCAAAAACAGGAAGGUGACAUAUGUAUAAGGUAUAUGUGCGGAGAAAAUGGAUCUAUAGUUGUUGAAAGUAUUCAUCCUUGUGUGACGACACAUUCGCCUGCAACCACUACAACUCCCGUUGGUACUAGUACUCUUACCACAGUUACCUCUACAAGCCCUCCAGGGACUACAACUUCAUGCCUUGGAUUAAUUUGUAACUGGACUAAGUGGUAUGACGUUAGUAAACCUGAAGAAGAUGGUGGUGACUAUGAAACCUACGAUGCAAUUAGAAAUGAAGUUGGAAAUGAAAUAUGUGAAGUUCCUGAAGAAAUUGAAUGCAGGGCUAAACAUAGUCCUGAUACAAGCUUAGAGGAGCUUGGCCAGAAAGUGGAGUGUAAUGUUACGUAUGGACUAAUCUGUAAAAACGAGGAGCAAAGCGGUAUCUGGACUCUUUGCUAUAAUUAUGAAAUCAGAGUGUCCUGCUGUAAGUGGCAAGAAGUUCCUUGUGGAACUACACCGAGUCCAGCACCACCUGCAACUUCCACCACCACCAGCACAACAAUAGUGACGACCACCACACCCUGGCAGCCAGUAAUUACUACCACACGCAAACCCACCUCACCUACCGCAAGCCAGUCCACACCGCUAUCUACCACCCCAGUAACUUCAACCACCGCAGCAUCCUGCGACUGUAUCUGGACUGGCUGGAUUGAUGUGAGUUAUCCAUCUUUGGGUGAAGAUGGUGGUGAUGAUGAAUCCUAUGAGAACAUCCAGAAGCAUGAGCCUCUCUGGGUGUGUGCCAAGCCUGAGAAUAUUUCGUGCAGAGCAAAGAAAUUCCCGGACAAUUCCAUCAAAGAUUUAGGGCAGAAAGUGGAAUGCGACAUUAACAAAGGGCUCACUUGCAGGAAUAAAGACCAAGACAUAGGGGGUGUGAUCCCAAUGCGAGUCUGCCUCAAUUAUGAGAUCAGUGUCUGCUGCAUCCCAAACAGACCGGACUGUAUUUCAAGCACCAUCUCUACCACUCCCACCACUAGUACAACACCAAGUAUAAUCACCAGGAUCCCACCGCCUCCAACCUCUGAACCUCAGAAAACACAAUACACAUCUACUACUAUUACUCCUUCAUCUACAUCGAUGCCAACAACUAGGAUUACAGAAAAACCCAGUACAGUAUCCCCCACAACCACCGGUCCACCAUUGCCACCAGGGUCAACAAGCCCCCCGUCAGUCACAACGUCUGGCGUCCCUGAAACCGGAUCAACCACCGAAGCCACCACGCGUGGACCCACGCCCUCAGGAAUGACCUCCCCCACAGCCACGAUCGUAGCAACCACGACCACUGGGCCCCCUCCGACAGGAUCAGCUACCACCAGCACCAGCAGCCCUACGACGAUUUCUUCAGAAACCUCGUCCCCCCUGUUGCCCACAACCACCGGUCCAUCAUUGCCACCAGGGUCAACAAGCCCCCCGUCAGUCACAACGUCUGGCGUCCCUGAAACCGGAUCAACCACCGAAGCCACCACGCGUGGACCCACGCCCUCAGGAAUGACCUCCCCCACAGCCACGAUCGUAGCAACCACGACCACUGGGCCCCCUCCGACAGGAUCAGCUACCACCAGCACCAGCAGCCCUACGACGAUUUCUUCAGAAACCUCGUCCCCCCUGUUGCCCACAACCACCGGUCCAUCAUUGCCACCAGGGUCAACAAGCCCCCCGUCAGUCACAACGUCUGGCGUCCCUGAAACCGGAUCAACCACCGAAGCCACCACGCGUGGACCCACGCCCUCAGGAAUGACCUCCCCCACAGCCACGAUCGUAGCAACCACGACCACUGGGCCCCCUCCGACAGGAUCAGCUACCACCAGCACCAGCAGCCCUACGACGAUUUCUUCAGAAACCUCGUCCCCCCUGUUGCCCACAACCACCGGUCCAUCAUUGCCACCAGGGUCAACAAGCCCCCCGUCAGUCACAACGUCUGGCGUCCCUGAAACCGGAUCAACCACCGAAGCCACCACGCGUGGACCCACGCCCUCAGGAAUGACCUCCCCCACAGCCACGAUCGUAGCAACCACGACCACUGGGCCCCCUCCGACAGGAUCAGCUACCACCAGCACCAGCAGCCCUACGACGAUUUCUUCAGAAACCUCGUCCCCCCUGUUGCCCACAACCACCGGUCCAUCAUUGCCACCAGGGUCAACAAGCCCCCCGUCAGUCACAACGUCUGGCGUCCCUGAAACCGGAUCAACCACCGAAGCCACCACGCGUGGACCCACGCCCUCAGGAAUGACCUCCCCCACAGCCACGAUCGUAGCAACCACGACCACUGGGCCCCCUCCGACAGGAUCAGCUACCACCAGCACCAGCAGCCCUACGACGAUUUCUUCAGAAACCUCGUCCCCCCUGUUGCCCACAACCACCGGUCCAUCAUUGCCACCAGGGUCAACAAGCCCCCCGUCAGUCACAACGUCUGGCGUCCCUGAAACCGGAUCAACCACCGAAGCCACCACGCGUGGACCCACGCCCUCAGGAAUGACCUCCCCCACAGCCACGAUCGUAGCAACCACGACCACUGGGCCCCCUCCGACAGGAUCAGCUACCACCAGCACCAGCAGCCCUACGACGAUUUCUUCAGAAACCUCGUCCCCCCUGUUGCCCACAACCACCGGUCCAUCAUUGCCACCAGGGUCAACAAGCCCCCCGUCAGUCACAACGUCUGGCGUCCCUGAAACCGGAUCAACCACCGAAGCCACCACGCGUGGACCCACGCCCUCAGGAAUGACCUCCCCCACAGCCACGAUCGUAGCAACCACGACCACUGGGCCCCCUCCGACAGGAUCAGCUACCACCAGCACCAGCAGCCCUACGACGAUUUCUUCAGAAACCUCGUCCCCCCUGUUGCCCACAACCACCGGUCCAUCAUUGCCACCAGGGUCAACAAGCCCCCCGUCAGUCACAACGUCUGGCGUCCCUGAAACCGGAUCAACCACCGAAGCCACCACGCGUGGACCCACGCCCUCAGGAACGACCUCCCCCACAGCCACGAUCGUAGCAACCACGACCACUGGGCCCCCUCCGACAGGAUCAGCUACCACCAGCACCAGCAGCCCUACGACGAUUUCUUCAGAAACCUCGUCCCCCCUGUUGCCCACAACCACCAGUCCGCUAUUGCCACCAGGGUCAACAAGCCCCCCGUCAGUCACAACGUCUGGCGUCACUGAAACCGGAUCAACCACCGAAGCCACCACGCGUGGACCCACGCCCUCAGGAACGACCUCCCCCACAGCCACGAUCGUAGCAACCACGACCACUGGGCCCCCUCCGACAGGAUCAGCUACCACCAGCACCAGCAGCCCUACGACGAUUUCUUCAGAAACCUCGUCCCCCCUGUUGCCCACAACCACCGGUCCAUCAUUGCCACCAGGGUCAACAAGCCCCCCGUCAGUCACAACGUCUGGCGUCACUGAAACCGGAUCAACCACCGAAGCCACCACUUUGGGACUAUCCCUAACAUCAAUUAGAACUACUCCAGUGUCUAGCACGAUACCCGUAGCAACGGAAGUCACAUCCACUGUUUCAGCUACUACUUCUGGAACAACUCCAACAGAGUCAUUCACCACCACUUCAGGAACAACUCCUACUAGUUCCAGUACUACCCCUGUAACUACCACCACCUCUUCACCUGGUUCAACUAGUACCUCUGGGCCAACUACUGUCUCAAGCACAGGCAGCACUUCAGAAGUUUCCACUUACAAUACAUUUACUACAGCUAGGUCAACAAGUGCUGUACCACCUACCACCCCUGGAAAAAAUUGUUCUAUUUACCCUAAUCAGACUUUUUCGUCAGGUGACUCAUGGUGGAUAUGUAAAUGCCUAAAGGCCAUAUGUAUAGAAGACAACGAGGUCAAGGUGAUUCCAGUAAUCUGUAAUCCACCUCCUAAACCUACUUGUACCAAUGGCCUUGCCCCUGUGAAAGUUAUUGAUAAGGAUGGAUGCUGUUGGCAUUGGGAGUGUGAUUGUUACUGCACAGGCUGGGGAGACCCGCAUUACGUGACUUUUGAUGGACUGUACUACAGCUAUCAAGGGAAUUGUACAUACGUCCUUGUGGAAGAGAUUAAUAAAUCAGUUGACAACUUUGGCGUCUACAUUGAUAACUACCAUUGUAAUGCACAUGAUGCAGUCUCCUGCCCACGAACGCUCAUUGUGAGACAUGAAACUCAGGAAGUGCGCAUAGCAACAGUCCAACCAAAUUCUCUAAAAGUAGAGGUGACAGUAAACAAACAGGCAGUGGCUUUGCCUUACAAAAAAUUUGGUUUGACUGUCUAUGAGUCAGGCAUAAAUCGUGUGGUGGAAAUUCCUGAACUUAAGAUGAAUGUAACCUACAAUGGCUUGUCCUUUUCUAUCAGAAUGCCCUACAGUCUAUUUGGCAACAACACUCAAGGACAGUGUGGUACUUGCAAUAACAACACAGCAGAUGACUGCAUGUUACCAAAUGGAAGCAUUGCAGAAAACUGCGAAACCAUGGCAGAUCAUUGGCAAGUGGUCGAUCCCUCUAAACCACAGUGCUCUUCAGUCGUAGUUCCUACAAAGGUGCCUAGCACAACCACAGGCCAGCCCUGCAAAGAAUCUUCAAUCUGCCAGCUUCUUUUAGGAAGUGUGUUCGAGAAGUGCCACAAAUUCAUUCAUCCUGAGAAGUACUAUGCAGCCUGUGUUUUUGACAGUUGCACACUUCCCCAGUUAGACCUGGAAUGCUCAAGUUUGCAGGUCUAUGCUGCCACCUGUGCUGAUCAAGGCAUCUGCAUUGACUGGAGAACUCAUACCAAUGGUGUUUGCUGUAAGUAUUUUUGCCCUGCACACAAGGAAUAUAGAGCAUGUGGUCCUAUUAAAGAGCUGACCUGUAAAUCAAGUCCAGAGCAGCAAAACCAAACUGAAACUAAAGAAGCGGAAGGCUGUUUCUGUCCUAAUGGAACAAUGCUGUAUGACUCUGGUGUGGAUGUUUGUGUAAAAACUUGUGGUUGUGUUGGAUUGGAUAAUAUACCAAGAGAGUAUGGGGAAAAGUUUACAGUAGACUGUAAAGACUGUAUUUGCCUGGAAGGUGGAAGUGGCAUUGUAUGUGAGGCUCACAAAUGUGCUGAACAAAAUAAGAUCAGUUGUGAUGGAGAAGGCUUCUAUAAGGUCACUGAAGUCAAUUCUGAAGAUCCCUGCUGCCCCAUUAUCACCUGCAAAUGCAACACGAGCUUGUGCACAACCAAACCCCCCAAGUGUGAGCUGGGAUUUGAAGUUUAUUCUCAUAUUCCCAGUGGCCAGUGCUGUCCUGCGUACCAGUGUGUUUCCAAGAGGGUUUGCGUACAUCAAAAUGCCGAGUUCUUGCCUAAUUCCUCAGUCUUUGUUGAUAAGUGUCAGAAUUGUUUCUGCACUAAUGAAGUUAACGUCACUACUCAACUGAAUGUCAUCUCAUGUGAACAUGUUCCUUGCGACACAUACUGUGAACCAGGAUAUGAGCGUCAACCAGUGAAAGGUGAAUGUUGUGGAAAAUGUGUGCAGACUAAGUGUGUUAUACAUACCUCAAAAAGUUCUGUCCUCAUCUUGAGUCCUGGAGAGUUUAAAAAUGAUCCUUACAACAACUGCACCAUUUAUAGCUGUGUAAAUAUUCACAAUCAGCUUAUCUCCUCCACGUCUGAGAUAACCUGCCCAGCAUUCAAUGAGGAGAACUGCAAACCUGGAACUGUUACAUUCUUACCUAACGGUUGCUGUAAAAAAUGUGCACCUCUGGAUAGCCCCACACCAUGCUCUGUCCGUCAAAGAAAAGACUUUAUUGUCUAUCAGGGCUGCCAUUCUCUGACAAGAGUUGACUUGACUGAAUGUGAAGGAACAUGUGGAACCUUCUCACUAUACUCUGCAGAGGCCAAUUCUAUGGAGCACAGCUGUUCCUGCUGCAGGGAAGCAAGGACUAGUGUAAGGGAAGUGGAACUGAAAUGCCCCACUGGGCACUCACUAAGACAUAAGUAUGUAUAUGUGGAAAGCUGCAGCUGUCAAGACACUGAAUGUGACAUCUCAAAGUCCAUCUCAAAGUCCAAAGAGUCCACAAGCACAGAAGAAAAUGACAAGGAGAGCGCUCUGAACCGUAUCAAGAGGGCUAUCAGCUUAACAUCAAAAUGAAGGGGAAAAAGCUAACAGCCUUCAAGUAAAGGGACUAUGCACCAUUCUCAUCUUCCUUGACUAGUUCAGAACUUUGCUUUUCCCAGUUAUUGUAUCCUAUGCGUUCUCU